UUGAUGUUUGUCGGCACAGGUCUCUGAUAAUGAAUGAAUGCAUAUUAUACUUUGUAAAAGAGAAAACAAGGAAAAAACAAAAAUAAUUCAUCACCUGAAAACGAAUUUGAUAUAACAUUUGUAUCAUUAAAUUGAUUCAAUUGCAUAGAAAUGGGUUCUACAGAUGCAGCUACAAUGCAGAAACUGGAGAAGCACUUAAUGCUAUUAAAAGAGGAAUAUACAAAAUUACAAAGAGGUUAUGCAGACUUAGAACGUAAAUACAGCAAGGCAAUAGCCUCCAGCGAUAACGAUGCUGGCGGUGAAUUUAGUAGCUUUGUCUCACGAUUAGUAUUAACCGUGGCAUCACUGUAUGGGCGUACGGUGUACUCAGAUCUAACAAUUAAAAUGAAUUCAAAAACAAUGCCUGCUCAUAAAUUUGUUCUACAUGCUCGUUCCGAGGAAUGGCGUGAGGAAAUUUUGGCAGAUGUCAACGAAUUAGAUUGGAGCGAUAUGGAAGAAGACAUUUCGAUGGCUCUCUUACGUUGGAUAUAUAUGGAUGUAGUAGACUUGCAGCAUGAUCGGCUUGCACUAGGCUUAUUACGAGCAUCACAUCGUUUUCAUUUACCAGGACUACUAGGACUUUGCGAACGGGCAUUAGUCGCUUCGGUUGGAGUACGUUCAUGUGUUCGCUUUUACUGUGUUGCAGAGGAAGUUGGUGCUGCUAGCUUACUUGAUUACUGCUCCGGCUUGAUAUCGACACAUUGGGAUGAUUUGACACCUCAAGACUUCGAACACAUGUCGGGUCCACUUUUAUUUAAAAUGUUAAAAAGUAAAACUAAACAUCCAUUACAUGCUGCGGUGCGGUUAUUGCGAGAAGACGUAGUAUUUUUGUGUCUUGUAGAAAAUGAUGGAAUGGUAAGUUAA